AUGGGAAUCAAAUUACUGUGCCUUCUCAUUGCUACAGUUUUGACUGCCUAUUACAUAUACAGCCCCUUACCAGAGAAUGUUGAGGACCGCUGGAAGCUGAUGCUCAUUGGUGCUGUCUUUAGAACUUUAGACCAUGUGGUAAGCUGAGACGUUUCUUUAUUCCAGGCGUCUUGUGCAUGUGAGAUUGCUUGAAUGCAAAAAGGUGGUGUGGCGGGGGGGGGGGGAAGCUUACUGAAAAAUGUUGGGAUUGUGCAAAAUGAGAACUAACAGCUAUUAAUUGCAUUAUUUGGCUGGUGGUGGGGGCAUCAUGAAACAGAAUUCAUUUGUCUCUUUUUCUUUGACUCUCUGGACAGAAAUGUCCUAUAUAUGAAAAUGAAUACAAAUAGAAGGGAAGCUUACCUGUUAGCUUUUAAAACCAUUUAACAGCUUUACAAGGCAGUGCAUCCUGUUUUCUCUGUUAUUCUCUAGCUGCUGUAGAAAUCUGAGCACCCCACUUUUUAGUCAGAAGCAGUGCAAAGCUCCCUUUGAUAACGGAUAUAAUUACGCCUCACAUUUCAUACACACUCUUUAGUCUGCACGGCUGUUGCUAUAAAUAACCAGUUUUAAUGCUAGAAGCAAUCAAUCAAGGGGAAAGCUCUUAGAAUUUUCCUCGCCACUGAUGUAAUUUCUAAUUGAAAUCUGGUGUAAGGGAGAGGGGAACAUCCCUGCUAAUAUAUCUACCAUGCCAGACACUGUUAAUGAUCUCCGAGUGAAUUGUGGCUACUGCAGCAAUUGAGCAUAGACUGAAAUUACUUUUAUUUUAGGUAUCUGUUUUGCUGUACUGCAUACAUGCAUGACUUUCACCAGCUUGCCUGCUUAUGUAUUUACCUAUAGCAUCACCUAGGAGCUGCAGGGUGGAUUGCAUAAAAAGAGAGAUACGCAUAAAAUUACAGAACUUGUUACAAUUAUUUCCCAUUUCUGGGUAGCAAGUGGUUGUGGGUUCAAGCUCCACACUGGGCAAAAAAACCCUGCAUUACAGGGAGUUGGAAUAGAUUACCUUUGUGGUCUCUUCCAAUUCUGCAAUUCUCAGAUUCUAUUAAGUUGCUGGACAUUUUUGUCCCUAAGUGUAAAAAUCUGUUUGCAUAUGCAGAAAGAGGACCCAAUGGGUGGUAGUCACUAAAUUUUACUUUGAAUAGACCCACUGAAAUUAAUUGACUGAAUGUAGACAUUGUCUUUAAUUUCAGUGAGUCUGCUUUUAAGUAAAAGCUAAGCCGACUAGUACGCAAGAGCUGCAUUUAUUCACCAACUAUAAGGCAUCAGAUACAUAUGGGAAUCUGACCAGCCAACACUGUGAUCACACCUCAGGGUUUGUGUGUUUUAUUGCUGGCAUGCUGCUAAAAGAGUAGCUUUCUGAGCGCUUGCUGAGGUGUGCAGAAUUUAGGGGUGUGGCAUCGGUUUUCAUGUCACUCCCUGGGUGUUUGAAUUGCCUGGUGGUGGAAAGGUCACAAAAGCGCGGCCUUAGAAAGGAGGAAAAUAAAGGAAAACAAACAGAAGAGAGCAACAAGAAGAAAAGUGUCACGCAAAGCAGGGGGGGGGCAUACAGCAGAUGCCUGAAUCUGAUAGUUGGGAGGGUGUGUGGCAAGGCAAACAGGAGCAGUAUGACUAACACGGGAGAAGUAGGUAGGCUUGCUGAAUUCUGCAUGGAAUCAGAGAGUCCCUGCAUUACAGGGAGCAUAUUGGUAUGUGAUUUCCCCAUCACUUUGAUGGAAGAAGCAGCAUGGGCUAGAAUUCCCCAUUCCACAUGAGAGCCAUUUCUGGUAAUAAAAAAAAAGCAUGAACAAAAGAUGAUGCCGUUCCAGUAGGGCCCAAGACUUUUAUUAUUUUACCCUGGGAGAGCUUUGAUGAGUUCAGCUUCUCCCAACAGAGCCAGUGUGGUGUAGUGGUUAAGAGCAGUAGACUCGUAAUCUGGUGAACCAGGUUCGCGUCUCCGCUCCUCCACAUGCAGCUGUUGGGUGACCUUGGGCUAGACACACUUCUUUGAAGUCUCUCAGCCCCACUCACCUCACAGAGUGUUUGUUGUGGGGGAGGAAGGGAAAGGAGAAUGUUAGCCGUUUUGAGACUCCUUCAGGUAGUGAUAAAGCGGAAUAUCAAAUCCAAACUCUUCUUCUAUCACGGCUCUGCAUCCUAAAAGGCUUUAUCUAUGUGGUGCCUGUUAAAUUAUGGCUUCAUGCCAGUGUUGUUUAGAUCACAGGUCCUAGUCUGACACUUUAACCACUGCCCCAUUGGCUGUCUAGUGCUAAUAGCAAACUCUGUUCUCCAAAAUGGCACCAUCUGCACAGAAGCGGGGAGGGAUCAGCAGGCUGAGCAGGGAGAGCCCUGACAUACGAGAAAAUCUCUAAAGGGUUGGGAAUUCCUUCCCUUCCAAAAGAGCCACUUUGAUGAAGGCUAAGCACACUUCAUGGCCAUUGAUUGCUGGGAGUAGGGAAGGAAAAACUAGGGAGAACAGAAUGAAGUAUCCUGCAAGGGGGAAUGGCAGGCUGGCUGGCUUCAUGAACAGGAGUGCUCCACACUGCAACAUUGCAUUGCAAGUCCCAGUGUGGUGUAGUGGUUAAGAGCAGUAGACUAGUAAUCUGGUGAACCAGGUUCGCGUCUCCGCUCCUCCACAUGCAGCUGCUGGGUGACCUUGGGCCAGUCACACUUCUCUGAAGUCUCUCAGCCCCACUCACCUCACAGAGUGUUUGUUGUGAGGGAGGAAGUUAAAGGAGAUUGUUAGCUGCUUUGAGACUCCUUCGGGUAGUGAUAAAGCGGGAUAUCAAAUCCAAACUCUUCUUCUUCUCUUCUUCUGGUAACAACCUGUAAGAGAAAACACAACUUGUGUUUUCUUUGCUCAUAGCAAACCCCUCCAACAAGCGCUGAGUUACCAUAUCUUUUUUGUUGAUGUUGCUCCUCUGCCUGGAAUAGCAGCCUAACAGUCAGAUAUUAAGCUUUCUCCCUUCACUUCUCGUUUUCUCUUCCGGGCUUCUUUUUAAAGCCACAGGAGGAAGGUGAGAAAAACAAAAUAGACAGACGCUCAUAACAAAUCUGAAGCGCUAAACCUUGUCCCAGUUACAUUUUAUAUAUGUAGAUAGUGAUCUACAUACAACGUGAGAUUUCUCGUCCUGCUUGUUCUUCUGAUAUCAUGUGUGUGGGACAACACAAUAUAAAUGGAUUGAAAGCUUGAUCCUGGAUAAACUUUAGUUGUUAUACUGCUGGGGUUUUCUGGCAAUGUGUGGUGUUGCUACAUAAUGGGAGGGGCUAUGGCUCAGAGGUAGAGCAUGCCAAAGGUCUCUGUCUUAACCUCUGGCAUCUCCAGGUAGGGCAGGGGGAAAUCCUGUGGAGCCACUGCCAGUUAGUGUCUGCAGUAUUGAGCUAGAUUGACCAAUUCUCUGACUUGGUAUAAGGCAGUUUCUUAUGUUCCUGUGCCAGAUGCCUUGAGCUUCAUCCAUGCCUUCUUCUGUAUAUGGUAAAUGUAUGGAGAGGUAGAGAGGUGAACUAUGCCGCUGGUCCACCCCCACAAAUCAUGCACUACUAACCUUGCCCCCUUGAUACCCACAUGUUCAGUGCAAUGUCUGCAAAAGGGUGCCCAUGAACAGCUGAAUGUAGGUAAAGGUAAAGGUAAAGGUAAAGGGACCCCUGACCAUUAGGUCCAGUCGUGGCCAACUCUGGGGUUGCGGCGCUCAUCUCACUUUAUUAGCCGAGGGAGCCGGCGUACAGCUUCCGGGUCAUGUGGCCAGCAUGACUAAGCUGCUUCUGGCAAACCAGAGCAGUGCACGGAAAUGCCGUUUACCUUCCUGCCGGAGCAGUACCUAUUUAUCUACUUGCACUUUGAUGUGCUUUCGAACUGCUAGGUUGGCAGGAGCAGGGACCGAGCAAUGGGAGCUCACCCCAUUGCGGGGUUUUGAACCGCCGACCUUCUGAUCGGCAAGCCCUAGGCUCUGUGGUUUAACCCACAGCACCACCCGCAUCCCAGGAUGUAUGUAGGCACCCUAUAUAUCAGGAUUUCUGAUCACACAGGGGUCCUUGUUGUGGGUUCAGCUGCUCAUAUGUGAAUAUGCCUUUGAAGAUAAUACUCUUAUUACUAUUUUGGUGCUAGGCAAAAACAUUCCUCCUAACCCAGGCCUUUGGAGUAUUGAAGAAUCUAUGGCCUUCAAAAUGUUUCUUGGGCUGUGGGUGGGUGGAGGGUUAUUGUGUUGGCUUUUUGUGUGUUAUGUAUUUUGUGCUUUUGUACUGUAAACCGUCCUGAGAUCUGCAGAUGAAGGGCAGUAUAUAAAUAAAUAUUAAUACAAUAUUUAUUAAUGAAAGUAUUUAAUCAUCACCAUCAACACCUAGAAUAAAAGAAACCUGCAUAUGUACAGUACCAUUAGCGGGAGAAAUCCAUGCAUGGGUGCAAGCCCUCCCCAUUUUAGGAAUUAGGCUGAAGGGAAGCAAACUGCCCAGGGCCUUGGCCAGGAAAUUGUACUUGGAGAAAAUGCACCCUCACAUAAUGCACAUUAUCAAAGCCCAGUUCCAACCUCUAAAGUAUAUUUUAAACUGAGAGCUCGGCUGCCAACCCUAAAGGAUCAUGGGGCACAUUGGAUGUAUGUGUAGCUAUUUCUCUAUCCACAAUGCAUUGAUUUCGGCAAAAUGUGCCCGGCUAUGAAUUUGAAUGACAACCAAAACAGUGUAGGUGGCUGUGUGUCCAACUUUCCAGAGGUCAAGCCCUCUGUUUGAUGGAGGAGUACAGUCCCAGACGUUUAGAAGGAGAGCAAUGGGGAAGCACCUUGAAGUUGCCCAUCAGCUGCUGGACAACACACUAAUCUGGCACACAGGUCACUUAACCACAGUCUUCCUCACUAUGGUGAGAUAAAUUAUGGAAAUCAUUCCAUUUUAAAAAUUUAUAAAUUAGUACUUGUGCAAAUGUUAUGUAGACCCUUGUCCCCUUUUUGGUUUUGUGCAAAUCUAAUGCAGUACAGAAAGAACACCAGAAGCAAGUGGGAACAUGGGAAGCUUCCAUAUACCAAGUCAGAUCACUGAUCCCAUCUAGCUUGGUAUGGCUUCUUGGAUUAGCAGGGGCUCUCCUGGGAUUUCAGGUAGGACUCCUUCCCUGUUCUACCUGGAGAUGCUGGGACUUGAGCCUUGGAAGGACCACAGUGCAGUGGCAAAGCACCUGCCUUGCAAGCAAAAGGUCUCAAGCAUCUGCAGGUACGACUGGAAAUGUACCCUAACUGAAGUUCUGGAGAGCCUCUGAGCUAGAUGGACCAAGGAGUCUGAUUCAGUUUAAAGCAACUUUCUAUGUUCUAUGACAGUUUGCAUGCAGUUCCUCCCCAACACUGCACUGUUUUCACAAGAAUGUUUCAUGCACCAUGUCUAACACCAAGGAUCAUGCACUCCGGGCAGCAUAAUGUGCUGAUAUCAGGCAGUGUUGCCAGAGAGGGUGUGGGUCUAACUAUAAAUCUAACUAUAUAUCUAACCAUGGAUUCUGGACUCAAAUGAUUUCUGGUCAGUUUGUCCAAAUCUUGGGUUGCAAAACAGCUCUUUGUGCAAGCUUAAACAACAUUCUAAUUUUAGGUGCUGAUUCUUCAGAAUAAACGAGAUUGGUUCAUCCAUGGACAUUUCAUCUGCUUAGCAGCAGAUAGUUCUGGAAGAUACGUUUAACACCACAAAUGCUGGAGUAAAGUAAAUUCAGGAAUCAUUCCUAUGUUGAAAUAGCAUCUAUAUCAGCUAUGCAGUUUCCUUCGGAUACUAUAACCGAGAUUUAUAUGCUGCCUGCCAUGGCAUACUAUGGUCAUGGAAUGUAUUGCUUCCUCUGUAGGGGGAAAAAGCAAAAUAAGGAGAGGACAUUUGAGCAGACAAAGCACCAGAAGAGAAAGGAUUAAGCAGCCUCUCCCUUUCCCUGUUCUUUUUCACAGAAGCAACCUGCCCUAGGCUGCUCUAGGUUUAAAAGAAAGAGAAGGAUUAAGAAAACUCUUCUUAAUCCUGUCAUUUCAGCCAAAGUUUGCUAAAGAAUUAAGAGGUUUUUAAUGAACUUCAACAGCCCUUUUCUGGUGUUACCCUUUCGUGCAAUUGACAUUGUUUCAGAGGGAGCACAGGGCUGCAUCCUCUGGCCCCAGCAGCUCCCCACCCCAUUCACAAACACAGGUGUGGGGUGGGAAUGUCUGAAGAGAUGAACCUUGUCUACACAGGUAGACUGUGAUGUAGAACCCCUUGCCGACCUAGCAGUUCAAAAGCAUGCCAGUGCAAGUAGAUAAAAAGGCACCGCUGCGGUGGGAAGGUAAACAGUGUUUCCGUGCGCUCUGGUUUCCGUCACAGUGUUCUGUUGCGCCGGAAACGGUAUAGUCAUGCUGGCCAUAUGACCCGGAAAGCUGUCUGUGGACAAACGCCGGCUCCCUUGGCCCGAAGUGAGAUGAGGGCCACAGCCCCAUAGUCGCCUUUGACUGGACUUAACCGUCCAGGGGUCCUUUACCUUUUUCACCUUUUACCUAGAACGUGGCAUGAUCAGGGUUCCAUAGCCUGAGUCACAGUGUUCCCCCUCUUUAGUGUAGAUGGUGGAGGGGCAGAGACCACAGGGGCUUGUCGCUGGCUAAACCCUGAAUAACACUAAAUUUUCGUUUGAAUAUACACUGGAACAAACAUUUUGUAUUAGUUCCAUGAUACAGAGUUAUGGUAUUAUGUUACUGAGCUAUCAAGCAGGUUUUAAAGAGUCUCUGAAUCCCACUUCCUUAUUGUUGCAAUUUUGUGACACAUUAGUAGUAGUAGUAAUGAUUUUAUUCGUUGUUUUUCAAACAACAUGUAGUAGCAUGACUUGGGGUGGCUAUGACUAGGUGGAGAGGGUGGUGGUGGUGAUGAUGUUGUUUUACAAAGGCAGCCCUUAGUACAGUGGUACCUCAGGUUAAGUACUUAAUUCGUUCUGGAGGUCUGUUCUUAACCUGAAACUGUUCUUAAAUUGAGGUAUCACUUUAGCUAAUGGGGCCUCCCGCUGCCGCCGCGCAAUUUCUGUUCUCAUCCUGAAGAAAAAGUUCUUAACCUGAAGCACUAUUUCUGGGUUAGCGGAGUCUGUAACCUGAAUCAUAUGUAACCUGAGGUACCACUGUAUACCGCUCCAGAAAACUUAAGAGAAGCGUGGAGUCUGAAAAUAACUGUAUUCUGAUCUGUGCUUUAGUCUGGGAACAUGCACAGAUACGACCCACGCAGCACCUCUGCUUGGCUCCACUGCAUGUCUCCUUAACAGUUAUUGCCUCCUGCUGUUGCUUGUUUAUGCUGCUAUGACUUCCUCCUCACAUCUGGCCUCUCCUGCAGACUGUGAAUUAAGGAUGCCAGUGAUUGAUUACCUGCCUGGAGGUCAGCCUUUCCAGGUGGGCUACCUUCACUUCCUGUGGAAGGAAACAAGAACAGGUCGCUGACAUUUCUCAACCUGCAUGUGGUUUGGAGUAGUCCGGCUGUUGCUGGGUGGGGGCCAUUGUUUGUUGUGGGUUUCGGGAUCACAUAGUGGUGGUAUAAUGAAAUCAUAAGAGCGUGGUCAGACCUCCUCUUGCCUUUAGCAAAACUUGAAAUGUAAAAUAUAAAACUUAGCAAGAAACCUAAAGUUGUUGACACGGGUCUCGUUUGCACUGUACAUAAUUACUUGAGAAGAACAAAUACUUAGCCAACAGGGAUUGCAUAUAAUCACUGGAAACAAUCCAGCAUCAUUAGGCAACCAAUAGCAAUACAGUAGUACCUCGGGUUACAUACGCUUCAGGUUACAUACGCUUCAGGUUACACACUCUGCUAACCCAGAAAUAGUGCUUCAGGUUAAGAACUUUGCUUCAGGUUGAGAACAGAAAUCAUGCUCCGGCGGCACGGCGGCAGCAGGAGGCCCCAUUAGCUAAAGUGGUGCAUCAGGUUAAGAACAGUUUCAGGUUAAGUACAGACCUCAGGAACGAUUUAAGUACUUAACCCGAGGUACCACUAUAAAUCAUUGUCAGAUGUGAGUGAAGUAAGUAAGUGAGUGGACUAAUUAAUGUAAUGAAAAGGCUGUGUCACUGCUUGAUGGUAUCACAUAUGCAAAUAUAUUUUGUUGCAAAAGACUUGUCAUACAAAUGGUUUGGGAGUGUUGGAGUGUUAAUCCUCUCUUUCCCUCGAGGAGAUGUAUGUAAAUAAGAGACUUAUGGUGCAAUCCUAUAUGUGCCAACCCAGAAAUAAGCCCUGUUGAAUUCAGUGUUCACCUAGGCAAUUGCAGCCACAGCCUCUUUUCUACUAGGGCCACAUUCACACGAUAUAUUUAAAGUGCUAUGGUACCGCUUUAAACAGCCAUAGCUUUCCCUACCCACAAUUCUGGAAAAUGAGGUUUGUUAAGGGUGCUGAGAGUUGUUAGGAGACCCCGGUUCACCACACAGAGUUAAAAUUCUCAGGGUGGCUUAACAAUCAAUCCUUCUUCCCAGGGAAUUCUGGGAAUUGUGGCUCUGUGAGGGGAAUUUGCGUUUUCAAAUGUUCCACUGAACCAGUAGUGCCUACGCAUGACCAAAGUUGGAAUUGAAUAGGGGCGCUAACCCAAACUGGUUCUCAAGAGUUAUCUUCAGAAUCUUAGGUGCCUUGUAAUGUUAAGAAUUAGUGUAACUAUCAACACUGACUGGCUUUUUUUCUUUUUGACAUUUUGUUUACAUGAGGCAUUUGUACAAACCAAGUCAUGCAGCGGAACACAUGACUAUGGGAAGAGAGGGGUUCAGAGGUGUGCAGAACCUUUGGCUGAUUGUUUGGACAAUCCUUUACAGGCCCAUAUCUGUAUCUGAAAUAAAAAUCUGUUGGUUUAUAGAUCUUAAGAGCCUUAACUGGAAUAUCUAGCUCAAGCCGGCUGAGCCGCAUAACUGAUUGGUGAGGGUGCGGUCAUCUCUUUCAGAAGAAUACAGUUAGUGCAUUUUCUGCAGUAUGUGUGCGAAGGGGCAGUUUAGUCUUUAUGUGUGCUGUAGAAACAGAUUGUAAAAGGGGCGGUUUUCAUGUUCCUCACCUAUUUCACCUCUUGCACAGUGUUAUAUUGCCUUCUGUGGGUUUUGAUAUCCUCGUUUCUUUCUGUUUGUUUUCUGUGAAUUGUAUUCUGUCCAUAAUUUCUCCUUGACCCAAAUCCAAGGACAGUACCAGACUUCACUGAGGCCUUGUUAUGAUGCCACCAGUGGCUUCCAACUUCUGCAACAUACUCGCCUCAACACACAACGCCGUGGCCCCUGCCGCUGCCAUGAUAGUAGCAGCCACUUCACUUGCGACCCUGCUUGCUGUGUCUCUGGGAAGUGUUUGGGAACUGGGCAAGUAGCAGGUCACUUUUGAAUGGCAGCCAAAUUUUACUCCCCUCCAUAGAGGCCACCUGCCAUUUUAAUUGAUUUAAUACACUAUGCCAUGAACCACAGAUCUGUGAAAUUUCAUAGGUCUAUGGCAGGGGUCUAGGGACGUGGGUGGCGCUGUGGGUUAAACCACAGAGCCUAGGACUUGCCGAUCAGAAGGUCGGCGGUUCGAAUCCCCGUGAUGGGGUGAGCUCCCAUUGCUCGGUCCCUGCUCCUGCCAACCUAGCAGUUCGAAAGCGCGUCAAAGUGCAAGUAGAUAAAUAGGUAUCGCUCCGGUGGGAAGGUAAACGACGUUUCUGUGCGCUGCUCUGGUUCGCCAGAAGUGGCUUAGUCAUGCUGGCCACAUGACCUGGAAGCUGUACGCCGGCUCCCUUGGCCAAUAAAGCAAGAUGAGCGCCACAACCCCAGAGUCGGUCACGACUGGACAUAAUGGUCAGGGGUCCCUUUACCUUUACCUAUGGCAGGGGUCAGCAAACUUUUUCAGCAGGGGCUGGUCCACUGUCCCUCAGACCUUGUGGGUGGGCUGGACUAUAUUUUGAAGAAAAAAUAUGAAUGAAUUCCUAUGCCCCACAAAUAACCCAGAGAUGCAUUUUAAAUAAAAGGAAACAUUCUACUCAUGUAAAAACACGGUGAUUCCCGGACUGUCUGUGGGCCGGAUUUAGAAGGCGAUUGGGCCAGAUCCAGCCCCCGGGCCUUAGUUUGCCUACCCAUGGUCUAUGGAGUGAGUAAAUGAAAAUGGAAACCGUGCUUGGCUCCCAUGCAAUAAUGGCAUCACCAUCCAGACAUCACUUAACUUCUGGACAGAACCCAUGAAAAACCAUUUAAUUGCUUUUCUUUUUGUAUGCACAUUACUUUCCAUCACAUAUAAAAGCAGCUUCAGAUUCUAAAAAAAGCAUGUCCAAACUGCUGGGUGUAGUGAAGGGUUAACCUUCUGUGUCUCGAGGCUGAGAGGAGGCGCUUACAAGGGAAGUAAGCGCCUCCUCUCAGCCUCGAGACACAGAAGGUUAACCCUUCACUACACCCAGUCUGAUGGUGUUUCUGAAUUGUAAAUAUGCUACUUUUGAGCAAAUAAAGUGCUAUUAGGAAGGAAGAAACGUGUGGGACUUCUUUUACUGCCUUUUCUACACGGACGCUGUGCAAUUCUGCUAAUUGCUUUACGACCUGCAGAGGAGUGCAGGGGAGCGUGCCGGACGCCAAGAAUAAAGCAAUAAAUCUACUUAACACAAACCCACCCAGAUUCUCUAGUUUGGGAUAUUCAAAAGGGGGAGGGAAGCCUUAAAAAUAAUAGGCUAUCACACUGAAGGUCUCAAUGGUUAAUCUGGACAGUUCUGGUCUUAUGUGGUCAUAUCUACUCAGUGUAGACCCAUGAAAAUUAAUAACCAUGUCACGCACAUUUGUUUGCAUGGGUCUGCUCUUGAGUAUGGCUAUCAUUGCAUACAACCACUGAUUUUGGCACUGGCAGGCCUGUUGGAGCUCAGCUGAAUUUGGAAUCUCUCCUGAGAAGCCAGAAACAUAAAUAUAGCACACACAGAAAAGAGAAACACUCUAACAAAAGCUAGAAGCACAUCUAAUUUAUUUCUCUCCAAGAGCAUGACAGUUUGCAUGAACCACUUGAUGACCCAUAACUGUGUUUCGUUCUUUUCUUUACCUCCCCCUGUCUCCGCUAGGAAGUAAAAAUAGUUAAAUGUCAGGUGGAGAGCGUGAGAUUUAUGGUGGGAAUGUGGCUGUGAGGAAAGUGUUUGUCCCCCUCUCCAGCAUUUAGCUAUCAUGGAAGCUAACCAAAAUCUGUGUUCACAGUAGUGUGAGCAAGGCAGUGCGUGGGAUGGCAUCUCACACACCUUGGGGUAUCCUCACUGUAAGUGCAAUGUUACAGGCAAUUCCAUCUGACCCAGGCAAGCAAUACUUCACCUUAGCAGAACAACCCCACUUACACACACACACACAAACACCAGAUUUUUUGCAGUUUGGAAAGUGACAGGGAAAUGCAUUGAAAUGUGUGGGAUGAACUACUGAAUGCAACAUGAAUGCAUACAGUCAUAUAAAGGUAAAGGUAAAGGGACCCCUGACCAUUAGGUCCAGUCGUGGCCGACUCUGGGGUUGUGGUGCUCAUCUCGCUUUACUGGCUGAGGGAGCCGGCGUACAGCUUCCGGGUCAUGUGGCCAGAAUGACUAAGCCACUUCUGGCGAACCAGAGCAGUGCACAGAAACGUCGUUUACCUUCCUGCUGGAGCGGUACCUAUUUAUCUACUUGCACUUUGACGUGCUUUCGAACUGCUAGGUUGGCAGGAGCAGGGACCGAGCAAUGGGAGCUCACCCCAUCGUGGGGAUUCGAACCACCAACCUUCUGACUGGCACGUCCUAGGCUCUGUGGUUUAACCCACAGCGCUACAAUCAUAUAGCCACCCUGUAAACAAAUAAGAACUGUUAUGUAAAGACCAGCCUUCGUCCAACCAUUGCAUUAACUUUGUGCAAGGAAAUUAAGAUAAAUACAAAAUAAACAGGUCAGCUGGUAGAACCUUGAGUUUUGCAUUUGGCUGGAAGAAAGAAGGAAAGGAGCGGCAGGGGGAGCUACAAGUGGAUAUUGCUUGCUUUGGGGAAACUGUUGUUGCUUUGUAGAUGAACACAAUAUACUUGGGUGCCUAGUCCCUCCUUUAUAUUGAACAUGCGUAUUUAGAAACAGACAUCAUAAAGUCUCCAGUGUUCUUUCUAAUGCAAAAUGCUACUUCUGCUUUGCAAUCCCUGGAACUUCUUAAUGCUCCAGGAUGUGCAUACCAUUCCAAAUGAUUAACGAUGAUGUUAAUAUGCAUGCCCAACUUUUAGGCUAUUUUUGAUAUGAAGGAGAAAGGAAAGAGGCACUGAUGAAUGUAGUCUUUUAUGUGGCUUGAGAGUUGCGUAAUACACUGGCAUUAAUAUACCUCUUGUUUUCCAGGGUUCAGUUGCCAACAAGCUGGGUCUCGCGCACCACAUGGAUGUUAUGAUGAGCCUCACAAGUUUUGAACAUACACCGCCAACAUCGGAUGAAAAGGUCACUGUGACUGACACAGAAUUUAAUGGUGUCCCAGUCCGUUUGUAUAUCCCAAAAGGGCAGCCCGAUUCCUUGAAAAGGGCUAUGAUUUAUAUUCACGGGGGUGGAUGGUGUCUAGGAUCGGCAGGUAAGCAUGUGUGCUUGUUUCUGCUAAUGUGGGUCUUGAGUUGAAAGUUGCAAUGUCUUUGAGACAGGUGUCAUGAUACAACAUAGCAUGGUGGCUGCUACUUGACAAUGUGCUUCCGGCGAGCGUCUCCUCUGCUCAAACAAUAUACCUGCAGAGAAUGUAUUCCACUAUCUAAUUCUCUGCAGGUCUGAGAGAAGCAAUUAACUUGUAGAUUGUAUCUAGCAGGUAAACGACAUGAACUUUUUGGAACGUGAUGAAAGAACUGAAAUAAUCUGAUUGCAUCCAUUGGUUAUGCAAGCAGAAGGUAGCUGUCAGGCUUCUGGGAAUCCAGUCCUUCCUCCCCACGGCAGGCUGCCAGUAACCAACAGACAAGAAGCUCUUACCAAUGUAUUUUAUUCAAUGUUCACAGAGAGAGGCUUAGAAUGUCGCCUCUCGGGGUAAUGGCGUUGCUCCAAGUAAUCUCCUCCCCCGCUUCUCUCUCAGUUGUCUACAGCACCACCGCCCCUUAUGGGGGCUGCUUAAGGCCAUUUGGCUUUUAGCUUUCUGCUCUGUCACUUUCACUGCUCGCCGGGUUCUGGGAAAGGGGGGGGGGUGUCUGGAAUGCUUUCUAGUGAUAAUGUGUCAGUCAGCUGUUCCGGCUCUGCUUCUCAUCCCUCCUCCUCUUCCAUUAUCUCUCAGCUUUGCCCCUCUUUUGUCUCAGAGCCAUGACCUUCUGCAAACCCCUGUUGUAAAUCUAUACCAUGGGUAGGCAAACUAAGGCCGGGGGGCCGGAUCUGGCCCAAUUGCCUUCUAAAUCCAGCCUGCGGAUGGUCCAGGAAUCAGCGUGUUUUGACAUGAGUAGAAUGUGUCCUUUCAAUUAAAAUGCACCUCUGGGUUAUUUGUGGGGCCUGCCUGGUGUUUUUACAUGAGUAGAAUGUGUGCUUUUAUUUAAAACGCAUCUCUGGGUUCUUUAUUGGGAAUAGGAAUUCGUUUAUAUAUUUUUUUCCAAAAUAUAGUCUGGCCCCCCACAAGGUCUGAGGGACACUAGACCGGCCCCCUGCUGAAAAAGUUUGCUGACCCCUGAUCUAUACUGUCUUCCUCUUCUCUGGGAGGUGCUGGAGGAGGAGGGGGGGCUCUCCACUAUUCCUCCUAACCCUGACAGCAGCCGGACAAAUGUAUGGAGGAUGUACCAGUUGCAUGAAGCCACAGGAAGGGAGUGUGUGGUCUUGUGCUCAGGUCCUGCAUGCUGGCUUUCCCCUGUCAUCUACCCAGCCACUGUGAGAACAGGUUGCUGGACUAGAUGGGCCAUUGGUAUGAUAUAGCAACCAAUUUUUUCCCUCUUCCUCCUCCUCCUCCUUCCUCUAGCAACCUCUUAUAAUGUGCUAGAUCAAACCAUAUCCAGGGGUUCAGCCCCUGAACUCUGGAAGUAGUGUCAUUCAGGGCUUCAGUGGGGAUGGGGAGAGAAUCACCCAUACUGGGUGGAUGGACCCUGCACCAGCAGAGCAUAUGUGGGCCCUAGUAUUGCAUUUUUAGUACACCAUUAACAUUGAUAUUCUGGUUAGUCUGCUGCAUAUUUUGGUUUAACUCUUGCUCCCCCCCCCAAAAAAAAAAUCAAAUCUAAUUUGUAUAAAUGAAUGGCUUGCUAUUUUGUAAGUUAUUCUUUAUGAAAAAUAAAAUAAAAUUCUCAAAGUGCAAAUGAUGCCUCUUAGGGAAUAUAAAGCUGCAAAGGACAUAUUAUAUCCAAGGUGUGAGACAUGAAAACUAAGAUCCCAUCUAGGACACCUUCUUGGACUGCAGCCAAGUCACUUGUGAAUGGUUUGUUGAGUUCCUGUCUUUAGAUAAAACGGUGUGCACAGGAGUUUAUUCCAUUGCCAAGUGCUGAAUUGCAGGGAUUCACAGAAAGUGCACAAAAAGCUACUGCCAAAAGAAACAGGGAACUGUGUGUCUAUUUGUUUCAGAAGAGCAAUAAAAUAUUCUUUAUUACUUACUUUGUUGCAGCCAUGCAACCCUAUGACCUCCUGUCGAGACGGACUUCAGAAACACUAAAUGCUGUCGUCGUAUCAGUCGAGUAAGGAAUGGUGCUUCAGAGUGUUUAUUGUGAAUAACACCUGAUCCUUUGCAAAUAGAAAACUAAGCUUAAUUGCUGUAAUCUAACCCGUGCACUGAGCAUACUAAAGCCCACUGAUUAUUUAUUUAAUAAGUGUUAUAUGUUGCUUGAUGGUUAAAACCCCAGGCAACUUCAAAGCUGUUUACAGUGAGCUUCAGCACAAUGCAACUUGGGUUUGGACUUUGUAGCAUGCAGGGAACGAAGUCCUACAGUUAAAGGUAAUUGCAUAUCAAUCACAUAACAUGGGAGUAAUGCAUAGGCACCAGUCCCAUCGACACGAUUGAAGUGAGUUUCCCAGCAUGCAGCAGUCAAGAGAGGAGGGAAGAAGGACAUAGCUUUGCUAACUUUUCUCAGCUGGAGGCAGAAGAUUGUUGGCAUCUGUCUGUCUGAAGAGGCAAUGAAAGAAUGUGCCAUCAGGUCAAUCCAAACCAUUGGAGAGUUACAGUGCCUGCUGUGACUACAGAGACCGAUAGGGGAGAGACAUGUUUUAUUGCAGCUGGGACAGAUGAAGGCAUCCAGUUUCACUGGUGCAGAUGCACCAUGGUGUAAUGGAUGGACGGAGUGUGGUAAUGGGUGGAUGGUUGCAGUGUGGGCUAGCUCUCAAUUAAAAAUUGAAAAAUGCAGGUCUUCAGGGCUUUCCCAAAACCCUGCAGGUCCAAAGGAAGGGAAUUCUGAAGUGGGGGAACCAAUGCAGAGAAGGCCUUCUAAACUAGGGUUAGGCAAUGUAGUUCACUCCAUUAUGUUGUUGGACUCUAGCUUUAGGGAAGCUUUUAAUGUUUAAUAGGUUAUUGUAUUUUAGUGUUUUGUUGGAAGCCGCCCAGAGUGGCUGGGGAAACCCAGCCAGAUGGGCGGGGUAUAAAUAAUAAAUUAUUAUUAUUAUUAUUAUUAUUAUUAUUAUUAUUAUUCCAUCAGCCCCCGACAGCAUGGCCAACACUCAGGGGUGAUAGGAGUUGGAUGUUAUGUGUGAACCAUGCCAUACAGCAAAAUGUGGGACUCUUCAAGGUCAACUUGAAACCCAGUGUUUCUAUCUGCCAGAUCAGUUCUUAAACUGCAUUGAGUUUGUAAAAUAUUUGUAAUUAAGUGAGAGAGAGAAAGAAAGGGGGAGUUAGUUUGCCUGGCGAAGGGUAAGUUGGUGGGGUGUAAUCAGUGGUACAAGUCUGCAAGUGACUGCUCCAAACUGUAUGUUGAAGCAAGUCAAUUUAAUUGAAUGGGGGAGGGGAAGACACCUAGCAUCUAUGUCACAAAUUAGAUUUGCUUUCCUUUCAAAACCAAUUCUUCUUUUUGAAAACUCUCUCACAAAGGUACAGGCUGGCACCAAAACACCACUUCCCAGCUCAGUUUGAAGAUGUGUACACAGUGGCGAAGUACUUCCUGCAAAGCAGUGUCCUUGAGCAAUACAACGUAGACGCAAGCAGGGUAUGCGUUGCAGGAGACAGCGCAGGAGGGAACUUAGCAGCAGCAGUGGCACAGCAGGUGAGUCAUAACGUAUUGGAAAGUCGGGCAUUCGAAAGGAGCCGCUUUCGUCUUUGUCAUGCAUCUGAACCCCUGCUCUCCAAAGCCAUUCUGUAACCUGCUACCUUGGGGAAACAACCAGGGCUGACACCAUCAUCCGGUACCCUUAGGUAACUGGGCUCCUCCAACAGGAGCUUAUCCUAGGCACCCCACACUCGGUGACUGGGUAUGGGAAGCCACCUUUCUAAAUUUCCCGUGGUGCCCUGGAGCAACAUGACACCAGAUGCUCUGGGCAGAGGUGGAGGAGCUUCAUCACAGGCAACCUUUUGGCGGCGCAUGGUGUGCAGGGCCAAAGACAAAGGUGGACCAAGCAAUGGCUGCAAGUCUUACCUUUGUUUAGCAUGCUAAACCAGGGCUAGGGCCUUUUUCGUGAUGGCUCCGACCUGGUGGAAUGCUCUGUCCCAUGAGACUAGGGCCCUUCAGGAUUUAACCUCCUUCCGUCGGGCAUGUAAGACACAGCCAUUCCACCUGGCUUUUAAUCUGAAUUCAGCCUGAUCUUUUAUUCCUCUUCCCUUCUCUUCCCUCCCCCUCCUCUUGACUUUUAUGAAGAUUACCCUCUCUGAGACCCCACAGCUAAUUCUCCCCUGGCCUUUUCGCUGGCCCAAGUAGGACUAAUUCAGCCAGCUAGCCCUGGUGAUUAUCUAAUGUUUAUUAGAUGGAUUUCCCCUAAAUUGAUUUCUGAACUUUGAAUGUUAUUGUUAUUCAUGUUUUUAUACUGUAUUUUAUGCUGCUUUUACAAUUAAGUGUUUUAAGUUUGUUGUUAGCUGUCCUGAGCCAGGUUUUUGAACCAGGAAGGGAGGGGCAUAAAUAAAUAAAUUAUUUUUAUUAUUAUGUGUUGAGGCUCCAUGCCAGAUUUGAGGGGAAGCUGGGCAAGGUUUUCUCUGGGUCCUGCAAUGCUUCCCAAUUAGCAACCCCACCCCCAGCAUGCCACCCCUCACCAGCAUCCAUGAUGGUCCAUCCUACAGCAAACCUUUACUGUGUGACCUAGUUCUCCUAGUAAGCCUUUGUGGCAGUUCCUUGCUGAAAUCAAACGCUGGGAAAGUGCCCAUCCCGAACUAAGUGGGUAUCCUAAAAUGCCUUCAGGAUCCAUGUGCAGUUUGCUGAGAUUUUUCAGCAGAUGAUCAGAGGGAUAUUCUGGCAGACAACUUGACAUGGAGAAGGUUCCCUGAAUAAAGAAAAAGAACGUUGAAACACCGCCUUGUCGCCAAUGAUAACUGUAUUUUGUUGGCUAUGCAUAAAUAGUACCUCACUAUGCCAGAUUCUGCAGAAUUUCGUUCAAGAGAGGUUAAAAAAACUCCCCAGGAGACAUGUUUUUGUAUAAAUCAUUUCAAAAUGUGAUCUCACUACUAAAAUUGAGUCAACCCUCUGUGGAGUUUAUAGGGCAGCUGAUUGUGUAGAUUUGGAUAUAUGAAGUGUCUGGAGCUCUCAUAAUAUUUAUCAGGUCGAUCAGCUUUGAUCAUUGUUGAAAAGGUGGACCUGAGCUUCUCAACAAAAAUGUGUGUGUGUGUAUCCCUAUUUAUGCCUAGCAGUACAGCACAUGUAAAUUGGUUUACUUACUAAGUAAGGCUUAAAUCCUAAACACAUUUACUAGGGAGCGAAUGCUAUCGAAUACUAUAAUGUCAUUCUGAGCAGGAAUGUUUAGGAUUAUGCUGAAAAUCACAUUGAACCUGGGCUUCUGACUUCUGUCUUUUAGGGUUAGGCAUACAACAGCCUUCCGCAAUCUGGUUCUGUCUGUACGUUUUGAACUGCAACUUCUUUCUGCCCAAUCCACCAUCAGGAAUGAUGAGAGUUUUAAUCCAGCAUAAUCUGGAGGGCACCAGGAUGGGGAAGAUUGAUGUAGGGUUAGGGUGUAUCUUGAAUUUCUAUUAGCAACUUCCACAGAUACAGAUGAGAGCUUGGUAAAUACGAAUUACUUUAAAAAGAAUAUUAAACACUUCAGAUGAUAGUGUAAAUAUUGGCGGUAUAAAUAUCAGCAUGUGUAAUUUUCAAUAAAAGAGGCAGGUAAUCUGCAAUCCUGUAGUGUGUGUGUGUGUGUGUGUGUGUGUGUGUGAAUAUCUCCUUUUCCUUGCACGGUAAAAUGUUUUCUGGUAAGGUGGUCCGUCUGACAUGGAGCUAGGAGGGAUUCUUGUGUAAUAAAUGACACACACACCCCUUAACUGUUACAGGUUCUACGUGAUCCUGGUGUCAAGAUUAAAUUCAAGAUCCAGGUUUUAAUUUACCCUGCUCUUCAGACGAUUGAUCUGGACUUGCCGUCUUAUCGAGACAAUGCGAACAUGCUAAUUCUGCCUAAAUCGUUAAUGGUGAGAUUCUGGAGCGAAUACUUUACGACUGACAUGUCUCUAAACAGGGCGAUGGAGGCCAACCAACAUGUUCCUGCAGAGCUAAGCCAUUUGUUUAAAUUUGCAAACUGGAGUCACUGGCUACCUGAAAAGUAUAAGAAGGGUCACGUUUAUACCAAGCCAGUCUACGGCAAUUCCGAGCUUGGACAAAAAUACCCAGGAUUUCUGGAUCCAAGAGCAGCACCACUGCUGGUCGAUGAAAGCAAACUGCGUGGCUUACCCCUCACAUAUGUCAUCACAUGCCAGUAUGAUGUCUUGAGGGAUGAUGGACUCAUGUAUGUCUCACGACUUAGGGAGGCAGGAGUUAAUGUAAUACAUCAACAUGAGAAUACUGUCCAUGGGGCUGCGAUGUUUAGUACAGGCCCAUUAAUCUUAACUGUGGGAGAGAAGAUGGCAAAUGACUACAUUGAGUGGUUGAAUAAGAACUUAUAA